UCCAGCUGAACAUUUCGUCCCUUUUACGCAGGAAAUAUUUAUUGUGAGGUUUUUUUGGGCUAAAAGUGAACUGAAUACAAAGAUGGAUCAAAACCAAGAAACUGUUUCUGGGUCUCAGAGACAGACAUACUCGUCCAACAUUCAACGCAUGGAACGCCAGCCCUCCAAGACCCUGGGGGUGGGAACUCUCCGCCAGGUGGCACUCAGCAGUCUGCAGACGAUGUUGACCAACCUGUGCAACAUCCGGGUCAAAUUAGAUUGCUUACGUCACGACAAGAAGUUCUGCUCCAACAAGGAGCUAGCCAUUAUGACGUCAGUGGACGAGAGCGCCAUCAGGGAGCAGUUGGACGAGAGGCUGAAGUUUGUGUUUCCCGAACAGGCAGGGAAAAUUGAGAUCUUCCAAGAGGUCACUGACCUGAUCGUCAAAGAUCGCUCAUCACGUGACAUGCUCAACCACAUCCUCAAGAUCUUCCGCUUGUGUGUGGGCGUAGUCAAAGAGUGGGGUGUGGAGAACGAGGUUUUUGUGGGUGUGGUACCCACUGAAGGCAACGGCUAUUUCAGGUUCACCGUCGACGAAGCGCUAAACUGCCUGCAGCUGACCUGGAGUCGUGACGUCCUGUGUGCGGAGUUCCUGGAAAGCGUCACUUCGAUGUGUCAGGCGGUCCGGGACGAGAGGAGACAGUACACACCCGCCGAGUACCUGGCUCUGGAGGCUGCCUACAACGCCAUAGGGAAAGGUGGUCAGAUCACCUGCAAGCCGCAUCGUCCUCAUGGGUCGCCCGGGUUCAGACCCCACUGCCAGACCUACAUGUCGCUCACGGAUCCCGGAGAUGGUCAUCUGUUGGGCACCACCCGCUUCAACGAGUGGAUGCAGGGAGCCAUCAUCCACGUGGAACAUCUUGAGCGGCCUCGCCACCUCCCUCGGGAGAACAUCGAGUCGUACCGCGUGCCGUCGCUUCUCGAGUUCUCCAAGAUACGGCUCCAUGUCGGGUCCGCAGCUCCCACCACUUACUUCGUUGGACGCCGCAUGAAAGAUUCGGGCAACUUUGAGGAGGAUUUCCUCAAACUGAUCCACAUGACGUCCUCCGCAGCCAGUGCAGCCUUCUACCAAGGGAGUGCCGAGUGCAAAGUGUCCAUGGAAGGACUGACCACAGGUCAAGCCGUGCGCUACAUGAGGGCGCUGCGAGCUCAAGUGAACAGGGAUAGGUACACACAGUACCUGAGCGCGGCCUGGAAUCUGAAUCAGAUUGUACUGGAUGACCAUGACCGGGCUGCGACCCGUGAGCUCAAGGAACGAAUCGAGAUCGCCAAUAGAGCCAUCGAGAUCACCGCCCUGGGAGGGUUUGACAAGGUCACGUGGGAUGGAGCCAGCGACACCUACCCGUCCAAGUGCAUCAUGUACCAGCUGACCUUUGAAGAGGCACUGACCCUGAACCAUGUUGCCCAUGAACAGGGAAUCGUGACCUACUUUUCGGCUGGCUUCAAGUUUGAUGAGAUCCAGCAUGCCGUGUUCGCAGGAGUUGACGGAAUCGGUAUCGGCGGUGCUCAAGUUUUGAGAUACAUGGACUCAACCAGUGGCAUGCACGGCCCGUAUAUGGAGGAAAACAUCCCUGUGAUCAUGGCAAGGAGGGACGAAGCGGCGUGGUCAACUAGGGGUCGAGGGGUCAAGCUCCUCACACGUCUGGACACGAUGUUCUUCGAAGGUUCGAUCAGCAGGCCAAGGAAUGACCAGAGGCAGAGGCUGUUUGAGUAUCUCCUGGCCCAAGACUUGGGCAAGAUUGAGUCCGUGUUGGCUGACCUGGAUGCAGUUAUGUCUCUGGAGGUGAUUGCCAGAGACUUUUUCCCCCCUCAUGACUGA